GAAAAUCUAGAGUGGACGUUUUUUCCCCCUCCAUCCUGUACACAUCUUGGGCACACUGCCUGGAGCCCUGGCGUAAAUAAGCGGAUUAGUCCGGAGGAGAUGGCUGGAGAGACAGAGGAUGAGAUCCCCGAAACGGGAGCCGUCUUCACUUUUGGGAAGAGUAAAUUUGCAGAUAACAUCCCCAGUAAAUUUUGGCUAAAAAAUGACGUUCCUUUGAGAAUAUCCUGUGGUGAUGAGCACACAGCAUUGGUAACAGAAAAUGGGAAGCUGUUUAUGUUUGGCAGCAAUAACUGGGGACAGCUUAGCCUCGGAACAAAGACCACUUUUAAUAAACCCACUCGUGUGAAAGGUCUGAAGUCUGAGAGGGUGAAGCUUGCGGCCUGUGGAAGAACUCACACACUUGUUUACACUUACCGUGGUAACCUGUAUGCCUCUGGAGGGAAUAAUGAGGGGCAGCUCGGCCUCGGUGACUGUGAGGACAGAAACUCCUUCCACCUGGUGGACUUCUUCAGCAAGGCUGGACCAAUCAAAAUGCUCGCUGCUGGUUCCAAUACCUCUGCUGCCCUCACACAGGAUGGAAGGCUCUAUAUGUGGGGUGAUAACUCUGAGGGACAGAUUGGUUUGGGAAAGGAGAGUAACGCACUGACUCCGUGUGAGGUUUCUGUGGGGAAACGGGUGUCCUGGGUGUCCUGUGGCUAUUAUCAUUCUGCCUUUGUCACUGUGGAUGGGGCCUUGUUCACAUUUGGAGAAAGGGAUGGUGGGAAGCUAGGGUUGUCCACCAAGAAGCUGGCCAAUCAUAAAGUGCCUCAACAGGUGACAGGCAUCUCUGAUAGGGUGGUGCAGGUGGCCUGUGGAGGAAGUCACACUGUGGCACUUACAGAGCGCACACUGUAUUCGUUUGGCCUGGGUCAGUUCGGGCAGCUUGGUCAUGGAACCUUCAUAUUUGAGUCUCGUUUACCCAGAGAGGUGGAGCAUUUCAAAAGGGGCAGAGUUAAACAUGUGGAGUGUGGAGAGAAUCAUACAGCGGUUAUAACUGACAGUGGCCUUUUGUACACUUUUGGCGAUGGUCGCCAUGGCAAACUAGGUCUUGGAGAAGAGAAUUUCACCAACCAGUUCAAGCCAACUCUGUGUCCAAGAUUUCUCAACUACGACGUAGAGUCUGUGACAUGUGGUGGAUGUCACAUGCUUGUGUUGGCCAAGCCCAGGGCUGAAGGCUCAGGGGAUUUGAUCCUGGAGGAAGAUGAUGUGACAGAAGACUACUUUGAGAAGUCCUAUACUAAGAUACAGGGUGACACACACAAUCAAACCACUCUAAACAGAAGUCUUUCAGCUCGGUCUAGACGCAGAGAACGGGAGCGUUCACCAGAUCAGUUUGGACCGAUGUUCCAAACUCUUCCAAGUCUGAGUGGCAAUCAGCUUAGUGCAUCAUUAACUGUUCCGAUCCAGACCUGGCACCCCCAGAGUGACCAACCUGGAAAGAUCCCUUGCAACAGCCUCCAGAUUCCUGGUAAGAGAAAGACGUCUCUCCAUGACAGAAGCAGUACGGAGGAUAAUGAAAGUGUAAAAGAUCUUGGAGAAACCACUGAUUUAUUAAACCUGACUCAUGUAAUGAAGAUGGAUCCUUUGGAUAAGACCCUCACAUUGUCUCCAAUGCAGAAGAAGAAAGUUAAGGUUGUGAAAGAGCAUGGUAAGGAGAUGGGCAAGCCAAGAGACGACUCCGCCCCUUAUAGUAAGAGGGCGGAGCUUUCCCCCCGCAAAGCUCUUCCCACUGAGCUACUUAGAGGCUCGAGUAGUAGCUCAUUGGUUGGGGAGAGUCUUGGGUUGAGGAGUCCCCAAAGGAGCCCUAAAAGUUGGGGUCAUGACAAAGAGAAUGUCCUUAUUGCUUUGGAGGACAGAAAGCCUGGCCAUCACAAACCAGGGGGAGGUGAAACCAGAACGGGAGCUGGUUCCAAACACACUACACAUCAAACAGAGCUGAUAGAGUCCAGGGCCAAAGCUAAAUCAGAUUCUAAACAGUCAAAAGGAAAGGUCCAACUGAGUCAAGACCGCAUAACCAAAGCUGGGAUUAAACCACAAUUGAUUGAGGAGAAACGUUCAAAGGUAGAGGCCACCCACAAAUCAAAAGCAAGUACAAAACCAAACCAAGAAAAAGGAGGUAAAGCAAGAUCCAAAGAUCAAUCACGAGAAGUCAGAAGCCAGCCUCAAAAGGUUGAAGGGAAGGAAAGAGAAGCAAAAAUGAAACCAAUGGCUGUUGCUGAACAACAUCUCGAACAGAUUGCACGUAAGGACCAAGUCCACACAAGUAAAAAGGUCUCAAAAGAGGUCCCACCCAAAGCUCAGAGAUUGAAAGUUGAAUCCAACACUGCUGAAACACAAAGCAAAAGUUCUGUUACAACAGAGAAGAAAUCGGCUCCAAAAAAAGACUCUAAAAGUAUUAAAACAACAUCCAGACCAGAACAAAGCCAGUUGCUCUUAGAGGGUAACGUUAGGACAGAAAAAAACUCAAAAGACAUAUCUAAGGGACCAACCAUGGUCUCUGAAGCUGCCUCCAAAUCUGAAUCAGAGUCAACAUCAGAGCAAAUGCAGGAAAAUCCUCUCACCAAGGUGGUAUCUCUAAUCCAGGAUGGGGGAAUCAGAAGUCCUGCUCGUCUUCUCAGAGAUUCAGCAGUCGGUCAGUUUCUCUCCCAGUCCACACCUCAGAAGAUUCCCAAACCUCCUCAAAAACAGAGAACUCUAUCUGAUUCCUCUUCCAUUAGUGAGUCUUAUGAAGUCCCAAGACAAGAGAUGACAAGACAGGCUAAAAGAACAGAUGUCACCAUCAACGUUAAACCAGAAGUAGGUUCUUCAGAUGGGGAAAUGGAAAGAAGCAAUUAUGAGUCCAAAACAGAGGCUCAAACUGUGGGGGAAACAUACAGAGUGAGGAUUGAGAAAGUAGGGGAGGAAUGGAGUGAUGAGAGAAGUAGAAUGUCAGAUGAAGAGGUGAAGGGGAGUUCUGCUAUCACAGAAAGCGAGGGACGAGUGAACGGAAGGCAUGAAACUGAGGAAGAGGAUGAAAGUGAAAGCAAGACCAUUGACAAGGUAGAAAAUGAUAAUGAUUUGGAUGAGGAUAACAAUGAUACAACAAUCAAAGCCUCUAGUGAGGAUGAAGAUAGUAAGGAGAAAAGUAAAAGUGAGGGAACUCAAGAUAUAGAGAGUGAGGCCAAGUCUGAGGAAGAGGAGAGUGAGAGCAUAGAAGAUGAGGUGGAAGAUGAAACCAGUAAAAUGCAUAGAAAAGUUGAAGAGAGUGAAGAAGAAGAAGAAGAAGAAGAAGAAGAGGAGGAGGAGAGUGGAAAAGAAUCAGUUGCAAAGACCGAAAGCAAGAGUGAACAAACAGAUGAGGAGGAAGAUGAAACCAGUGAGAUGCAUAGAAAAGUUGAAAAGAGUGAUGAAGAAGAAGAGGAUGAAAGCAAAAUGAGUGUUGAUGAAGAAGAGGUGGAGGAGAGUGGAGAAGAAUCAGAUGCAAAGACAGAAAGCAAGAGUGAACAAACAGAUGAGGAGGAAGAUGAAACCAGUGAGAUGCAUAGAAAAGUUGAAAAGAGUGAAGAAGAGGAUGAAAGCAAAAUGAGUGUUGAUGAAGAAGAGGAGGAGGAGAGUGGAGAAGAAUCAGAUGCAAAGACAGAAAGUAAGAGUGAGCAAUCAGAUGAGGAGGAAGAGGAUGAGGAAUCAGAGGAGGAGGAAAGUGCAAAGAGUGAGAGUGAGGCAGAGGAAGAUGAAGAGGGUGAAAACAGUAGUGAAGGAGAGGAGGAAGAUUCAGAGAAGCAGGAGAGUGAGACAGAAGAUUCAUCAAAAGAUGAAGUGGACAGUGAAAAUGAAGGAGAGGUGGAUGAGGAGGAGGAAGAGGAGAGUGAGGGAGAUAAAGGGGAGGAGGAAGAGGAGGAUGAAACAGAAGAAGACAAAAGUGGUGAUGACACUGAAGAUGAUGAAGCAACAAGUGUGAAUGAUGAGGAAGAAGAUGAGAGUGAAAAUGAAGAGGAAGGAGAAGUGGAGAGCAAAGAUGAGGAGGAAGAGUCAAAAGAAGAAGGUAAUGAUGAAGAGGGAGAGGAAGCAGAGGAGGAAGAAGAAGAAAGAGAGGAGAAAGAAGAAGCAGAGGAUGAGGAGGGAGAAGAGGAGGACCAAAAAGAGGAAGAGGAGAGUGAUGAGGGAGGAGGGGAAGAGGAGGAAAGCAAAGAUGGAAAUGAAGAGGAAGAAGAAGCAGAUGAGGAAGAAGAACAAGAAGAAGAAGAAGAAGAGGAGGAGAAAGAAGAAGCAGAGGAUGAGGAGGGAGAAGAGGAGGACCAAAAAGAGGAAGAGGAGAGUGAUGAUGAAGGAGAGGAAGAGGAGGAAAGCAAAGAUGGAAAUGAAGAGGAGGAAGAACAAGAGGAGAAAGAAGAUAAGAAUAAAAGAAAGCUGAGUGGAAAACCAAAGCUAAAUGUGAAAACGACAAAGCAGCCAACGAAAGUUAAACGGCCCACAACAAAAGGCGACAUGUCAGACAAUGAAUCCCAUGAGUCUCAGCAGUUUUGGGAUGAUGUGCUGCCUCAGUACCUCAAUUUGAAAUAAACCUGCAACCUCAAACCUCUGUUUGCUUCUAUAGCUACAGUACAAACAGCAACAGACAAAGGUCACCAAACUCUUGGGUUUUGCACAGAUGAGACCAAUGGAAAGAAAGGAAACAUAGAGAAAGAAAAUGAGGAGGAAGAAGAUUUGGAAGAGGAAGAAGAUGAUGAUGAUGUGGAGGAUGAGGAACAG